AUGAAUAAUUUCAUCUAUAAAGAAAAUGUGAAAAACAAAUAGAGUAUAAAGAAAUGCAACUCAUCAAACUCCAACAUGUUUAAUAAUCAUUAAGAAUAUUUUGCUUGGAAUCCAAAUUUUGCCAUAGUAUAUAAUUUCAAUUCUGAGGGAUGCUAAAAGAAAAAGGACAACUCCUCUUUAUAUCUUGAUGAGUAAGUUUGUAAAUCAAGUAUCUUAGGAGAAUCCUGUUAUUGGGAUAAUAAUAAUGAGUAAUGCAAAGAUGAUGACCCAUCAUUUACUUUUUAGAUAGAAGAAUAAGUGAUAUAGCUCAUGAAAAUUGUGAAUCCUUUAACUCAAAAUGCACAAUCGCUAAUAUCAAAAAAGAAUGCGUUGAAUACAAAAACAUUGCUAUUUAUAUAAAAACAAUAUUGA